AUGGGCGAGUAUACGUAUAUAUAUAUUCCUACACAUUUCUUCCGUCUUGGUUCUCAAUUUUUUUGCCAUGCCACUGCCUAUACCACCUACAGCUUACUUUUCUCCAACCCCUCCCUGUCAACACCAUGUUCCAUCUUUGUAGCACUAGUCUCAGCCUUCUAA